AUGCUCAACGAAUUGAACGAAGCAGGGAAGAGAAUCGGACUACGAAUAAUCAGAAAGAAGACACAGUUCAUGAAGAAUACCUACUGCGAGGACGGAGGAGUACAACUUAAAGGCUCCCAAAUCGUGGGAACUUUGUCAUACGUAUACCUCGGACGUUCUAUGAACAUAGAAAACGACUUGAAGGAAGAACUGAAUAGAAGAAUGAGAGCAGCAUGGGCAGCAUUCGCAGCCGUCAGGGAAGCUACGGACCAAUUGAGGGACCAGGAUCUUCGUGCCCAUCUGUUAGACUCGACAGUCCUUCCAGCGCUCUGUUACGCAGCGGAGACGUGGGCAGACAACGCGGCCACGUCUAAGAAGCUACUUACUACUCACAGAGCCCUUGAGAAGUGUCUGCUGAAGUUUAACCGGCGCACACAACACCUAGCCGGUCUUCGUAGCUCCGACAUAAGAGGAAUGUCCCGUCUUCGCAAACCAGCGGAAUAUGUAUCGAAAGCAAACCAUAGAUGGGCCGGUCACAUCAUGAGAAGAACCGACGAUAGAUGGACUAAAAGAACGCUAGAGUGUAUCCCAAUGGACGCUAAACGCCCCGAGGGAGACCGCCAACGAUAUGGGGUGACGCUACACGGAUGGACCAGCUGA